UCGGGAGCGCGCCUGUCUCAGCUCCGAAGGACGCCGGUGUUGUUGACGCGCCUCCACACUGGCAGGAAUGGCGGCCGAAGUGAGGCAGGAGCUCGCGCAGCUCAUGAACUCCAGUGGAUCUCACAAAGAUCUGGCGACCAAGUAUCGACAGAUUCUGGAGAAAGCCCUUCAGCUCAUAGAUGCGGAUCAGCUGGAGUCCUUGAAGGCCUUCGUGGAAGCAAUGGUCAACGAGAACGUCAGCCUCGUCAUCUCCAGACAGCUGCUCACCGACUUCUGCACGCAUCUGCCCAACUUGCCCGAUGGCACCGCCAAAGCCGUCUAUCACUUCACCCUGGAGAAGAUUCAGCCCAGGGUCAUCUCCUUCGAGGAGCAGGUGGCCUCCAUCAGACAACAUUUAGCAACCAUUUAUGAGAAGGAGGGAGACUGGAGGAACGCGGCGCAGGUUUUAGUCGGGAUUCCUCUGGAAACGGGACAGAAACAGUAUAAUGUUGACUAUAAGUUGGAUACGUACCUGAAGAUCGCCCGGCUCUACCUGGAAGACGACGACCCGGUUCAGGCCGAGGCUUACAUCAACAGAGCUUCGCUCCUGCAGAACGAAUCCUCCAACGAGCAGCUGCAGAUCCACUACAAGGUGUGCUACGCCAGGGUUCUGGAUUUCAGGAGGAAGUUCAUCGAAGCAGCUCAGCGGUACAACGAGUUGUCCUACAAGUCCAUCGUCCACGAAACCGAGCGUCUGGAGGCUCUGAAGCACGCCCUGAACUGCACCAUCCUGGCCUCCGCAGGACAGCAGCGCUCACGGAUGCUGGCCACUCUGUUCAAGGACGAGCGCUGUCAGCAGCUGGCCGCCUACGGCAUUCUAGAGAAGAUGUACCUGGACCGCAUCAUCAGGGGUAACCAGCUGCAGGAGUUUGCUGCCAUGUUGAUGCCUCACCAGAAAGCCACCACCGCUGACGGCUCCAGCAUCCUCGACAGAGCUGUGAUCGAACACAACCUGCUGUCUGCCAGUAAACUCUACAACAACAUUACGUUCGAGGAACUCGGCGCUCUGCUGGAAAUUCCACCUGCAAAGGCGGAGAAGAUCGCCUCCCAGAUGAUCACUGAGGGGCGCAUGAACGGCUUCAUAGACCAGAUCGACGGCAUCGUUCACUUUGAAACCCGUGAGCCCCUCCCCACGUGGGACAAACAGAUCCAAUCCUUAUGUUUUCAAGUAAACAACCUCCUGGAGAAGAUCCGGCAGGCCGCUCCGGAAUGGGCCGCGCAGGCUUUGGAAGCCCAGAUGACCCAAUAAACCCCUCCACGCCCACGUCACCCGGCCCCGCCCCCUUUUAAGUUGCGUCUUCCUGCCUCAGAAAUGAUGUGGAGAACUCAGCCACGCUGCCAUCGUUUGUUCCAAGCGGUUCCUCAUUGGUCGAAUUUACUUUUCUGAUGGACCGGACCUUCAGAUGAGACUGUUUUUGUUUUCAUGGUGGAGAAUUGGAGGAUUUUGCAUAAAGCUGAUAUGUGGAAAGAUG